AUGGCCCCACCAUCGCCACCUCGGCCCGCGGCUGCGUCUCAAAGGAAGAGAACAGUGCGAGCGGCCCAGGUUUGGCAUGGUGCAGCUAGACGUCGCACGGAUGCCGCGGCCGCAAUGUUGCAACGGAUUGGAGGACAGCUGACCCACGUGUCUGGGUCCCGAUCCGAUGUGCACCAUCACCAUCGCCGUCACCACGUCCCACCACACCGGCUGGGACAGGAGACGCUUUCUUCGACAGCCCGGAGUUGGCCGCCUCACCGGCAAUCUCUCCGCCCUGUGAUCCCCGAAGACGACCAGCAUCGCCCAAGGAGCAGAGGCAGCGCCAGGACACGCGUCUCGAUCAAACCACCUGGGCUCCGGUUAAAGGUAGGCCCGCGCCGCGCCUAG